GCCGGCGGCGGGGGGGGGCGGCCGCGGACUACAAGUCCCAGGGCGCGGCGGGGGGGGACACCGGAGCGGGGCCGCCUGAGCCGCCUGCCCGCCGCCAGCUGGGGGAAAGCUGCUGACAGAUCGGACGGACCUCCAUCUUCAGGAGUGCCUGGGCAGGACCGCGCUCCAGGUCCGUGGAUCCAAAGGGGAGCCUCCGCAGAGCUCGGCGACGGCGGCUUCUGUGAGAGCUGAUCUCAGCCAUCUGUCUGAAGCAGCCAGGUGACGCCCGUGGGGCAUGGCAGUGGCCCGGGAAGCAUGAGGCCGUGGCGCUGGGGGCCCUGAGGACGGCCUGGCUGGCGGGGACGGGGAGGAAUGUUACGGUGGGCAGUGCACCUGGAAGGCGGGCCGCGCAGGGUGAACCACGCGGCCGUGGCCGUCGGCCACAAGGUGUAUUCCUUCGGCGGGUACUGCUCCGGAGAAGACUAUGAGACUCUGCGGCAGAUCGACGUCCACGUCUUUAAUGCAGUGUCGCUGCGCUGGAUCAAGCUGCCUCCAGUGUGGACAAACAGCCGAGACCAAGUGAGAGAGGUGCCCUACAUGAGGUAUGGGCACUCGGCCGUGCUCAUAGACGACACCGUCUACAUCUGGGGUGGUCGCAACGACACAGAGGGAGCCUGCAACGUGCUCUAUGCCUUCGAUGUCAACACGCACAAGUGGUUCACGCCAAAGGUGUCUGGAAUGGUCCCAGGAGCGAGAGAUGGGCACUCAGCUUGUGUCCUGGCAAAGAGCAUGUUUAUCUUCGGAGGCUACGAGCAGCUGGCCGACUGCUUUUCAAAUGACAUCCAUAAACUGGACACCACGAACAUGAUGUGGACCUUAAUCUCUGCCAAGGGUACACCAGCUCGCUGGAGAGACUUCCAUUCAGCCACCAUCAUUGGAACAAAGAUGUACGUGUUUGGGGGCAGAGCGGAUCGCUUUGGGCCAUUUCACUCCAACAACGAGAUCUACUGUAACCGCAUUAAAGUGUUCGAUACAGAAACCAACUCCUGGCUGGACUCCCCUCCAACCCCGGUGCUUCCUGAAGGCCGACGGAGCCAUUCGGCAUUCAGCUACAAUGGGGAGCUGUACGUCUUUGGUGGCUACAACGCACGCCUCAACAGACACUUCCACGAUCUCUGGAAAUUCAAUCCAGUUUCCCUUUCCUGGAGGAAGAUCGAGCCCAAGGGGAAAGGCCCGUGUCCUCGCCGCCGGCAGUGCUGCUGCAGAGUGGGAGACAAGAUCAUUCUCUUUGGCGGCACCAGCCCGUCUCCGGAGGAGGGCAUGGGCGACGAAUUCGACCUGAUGGAUCACUCAGACCUCUACAUCCUCGACUUCAGCCCCAGCCUGAAGACGCUGUGCAAGCUGGCAGUGAUUCAGUACAGCCUGGACCAGUCCUGCCUUCCCCACGACAUCAGAUGGGAGCUCUCGGCCAUGACGACCAACAGCACCAUCAGCCGCCCCAUCGUCUCCUCGCAGGGCUGACGCCGGCUCAUCCCUCCGUCACCCUGCUCUCACUCCUCCACACACCGACCUCUUGCUCCACUGCCUGCAUGAAUUUUUAGCCCUUUCAAGCAAGGAACGUAUGUGAGCUCCGUUUGUCUCGCCCUAGCCAGGCCUCCCUCUGCCCUCGUCACGCUCGGGGCAGAGCAGGCUGCCGGGGAAGGAAUCUGCUCGCCCCAGCAUCGCGACUGUGAGCCCCCGUCCUCGCCACUGGCUUGCCUGGAGAGCUGCAGCCAUGCUGGCCUGGUCCCCUGCCAGCGAGGGCCCAAAUCGACUCCUGCCACCAGCCCCGGGCCACGAACUGUGCCCGUGCUGCCUCACGAGCGCGGGGACCUCCACGCGUGCACCCGUCGGCACCGCCCUGCCUCCGGCCUGCUGGGCCCUGUGCCUGCUGUGGGGGCCUGGCCCCAGCUGGCUCCUCUGCCUGGCUCCCGUUGUGAAAAACCAGCGCCCGGGGGCGGUUUUAUAAACGCUGAGGCAGAGGUGG